AUGUCACAUCAUCACGUCACAGUUAAGGCGGUGAAACCGUCAGUUCUUCCUCCUAUUGGCUACGAUGGCAGCAUGCUAAAUCUCCAAAAGAGAAUCAAUGGAAUUGAUGACAACAAGAAGUAUAUGGAGACGCGAAUCGCCAUUCGGGAAAAGUUACUCGCUCAAGAAAUAAAAGACUUGGAAGUGAAUCUGAAGAACCAAAAUAUGUGCAAGCUCUCGUUCCCUUCAACUUCUCAACUUCAUGAAAUGAUCCUCACGGUGUGUCCACAAGAAGGUAUUUACAGAGGAGGCGUUUUCAAAUUUUCAAUCUCGGUACCUCCUGAGUACAACAAUGUGGUGAUUCAUGGCCUAUCAUCGUUGUUCACGGAUCUCAUCGACUUUGACGACGCGCUGAACAUGCAAGCUGCACAACUCUGGUCAACCAAUCGUGAACAAUUCACGCACCGUGCACGUGACUACAUUGCAAAAUACUGCGAGCGCCGCUGA